UUGGCUCAGCGCGCCCCUCGCCGCCUCGCGCAGCGCCCAUGGCGCCCAAAGACGUGGAGGUUGGCGACGUGCCGGCGGAGCGAGAGGCGUCGGAGGCGCCGUGCGCAGAAAAGCCGCAGCAGUGUGUGGAUGUAGGUGGAGUGUGCGUGCCGGCAGCUGCGCUGCAUGAGUUGAUGAAGGGGCCGGAGCAGCCGGACGAGCCGGAGAAGCUGAAGCUGUUGAGGGCGCUGCUAGCUGAGGCCAUUGGCACGGGCCUCAUCGUCCUCUUCGGCUGCGGCUCCGUGUGCGCCUCGCUGUCCGGGGCCUACAACGGCGUGUGGCAGGUGGCGGCGGUGUGGGGCCUGGGGGUGUCCUUGGCCAUCUACAGCACUGCGGAGGCCAGCGGCGCCCAUCUGAACCCCGCGGUGACCUUGGCCUUCCGCCUGGUGCGGCCCCAGGCGCACGGCAUGACCUGGCUGAAGGCGGGGCUCUAUGUGGUGGCGCAGAUGCUGGGGGCAAUCUUGGCAGGCGCCUGGAACCUCUUCAUCUACGGCGGCACCAUCCGCGCCUUCGAGCGGCAGAACGGCAUCGUGCGCGGGGCGCCCAAGUCCGUGCUGUCGGCGUCUGCUUUCGGGGAGUACUUCCCCAACCCGGGGCUCUCCCAGGAGUGGGGCGGCGGGCCCUACUUGGCGGAGGACGUGCCUCUGGAGAUGGCUUUGCUGACAGAAGCCUGGGGCACCUUCGUGCUGGCUUUUGUCAUCUUCAGCGUGACCCACGGCCGCAACGCGGUGCUGGGCUCUGUGGACCGGGUCGGAGUGCCUUUCGUCAUCGGCAUGACGGUGGCGGUGCUGCUGCCCCUCUACGCGCCCAUCACCCAGGCGGGGUGGAACCCCGCGCGGGACUUCGGGCCCCGGCUGGUGGCGUGGAUGGCCGGCUGGGGCUCCGUGGCGAUCCCAGGAUGCAGUGCUCUGGCUGUCCCGGACACAAAGCGGCGAGUUUAAAGCGUGAAGCGCUGGAUGAGCUGAGGCCCUCGUGGAGGCUUUUGGCUCUACAUCCUCGGGCCCUGCCUUGGCGCGCCAUUGGGCGCCUUCGCGGCCGAGAACUUGUGGCAGGCGCGGGCGAAGCGGGCGGCCGCCUGAGGCGUUUUGAUCCCGCGCGUUUUUUGGAAAGCGGCGAGCGGCGAUGGUUGAAGUCGCCCAACUGCUGUAAAGGCGCCGGUAAAGUGACCAUCCCCAAAGGUUUUUCUAAAGGGGAAGUCUUCCCCUGCCCCACGGAAAAGCACCAUGGACCC